ACUGUGGCCAGUAACGUUACAGAGGGGUACUGAUUGGAUUGUGUGCGGCUUCCUUUCCGACACUGACCGGCCGACCACUACCCGCAUAAAAGCACUGCUGUACUGGGAAACAACGAGGAUGCAAAGCCUGGCUAUGCGCAGCACAGGGUUGGCCGCACCCUUGCCAGCUGCGCGGGCUCGGCCACAAUGCGUUCCGCUUCAUAACACCGCUCGACGCGCCCCGGUGGUGUGCCGUGUGGCAGUAGGCAGCACCGGUGUUCCAGAGGGCGUCCAGACCCCUAAGGAGGACAAGCCUCAGGAACCCGUCCUCGCGAUUGGCGGUGGCGAUGGCAACGGCGUUGGUAACAACGGCUCCGGUGGCGGUGGCGGUGGUGGUGGUGGCGGCGGUGACAACGGAGAUGGCGGCAAGCCUAUGGACCCCAAGGUUGUGGCCCUUCUGGCAGCGGCGGGUCGCAGCGUGGACAGCUUCCCUGCCGACUUCAAGCUCGGGCUCCUGACAAACCGGGUCACCCCCGAGAUCCUGGAGCGGUACUUUAGCAUGGAGGCCAACUUCCUCGCGCGCCUGGUGUGGGGCAUUGACGGUUUCCGUGAGCGGCUGCUUGCGGACCCCUCCUUCUUCGUGAAGCUGGCCAUUGAGAUCGGCAUUGGCGUGGUAAUGAAGAUCACCGCCGAGUACACCAAGCGGCAAGGCAACUUCGCCAAGGAAAUCGAUUUCGUGUUCGCCAACACCCUCAUGGCCAUCAUUGCGGACUUCAUGCUGACGUGGCUGCCGGCGCCCACGCUGUCGUACAAGCCCCGCGCGGUGAGCAGCAACGCCAUCGCCAACUUCUUCGCCAGCUGCCCCGACAACGCCUUCCAAAAGGUGCCCCCCGGCAUGGAGCCCUUCAGCCUCAGCCAGCGCAUCGGAGCCAUCAUUCGCAACGGCUCCAAGCUGCUGGGGGUGGGCUUCUGCGCCUCCAUGAUUGGUGUGGGCGUCACCAACGCGCUGCUGACGGUGCGGCAGCUACUGGACCCCACGCUCAAGCCGCCCAACGCGCCGCAGAACGUGGUUGCCACCUCGGCCGCGUACGGUGUCUACAUGAGCAUUUCCAGCAACCUGCGCUACCAGAUCAUUGCGGGUAUCAUUGAGGAGCGCGGCAUCGAGGUGCUCUUCCGCGGCAACCACCAGCUGUGCCACCUGCUGUCCUUCGCCGCGCGCACCGGCAACACCUUCCUGGGCUCGCUGCUGUGGGUGGACUUUGUGCGCCUGUGCGGCAUGCAGAAGGCGCAGCCCGCUGCCAAGGCCAUUGCCGACCACUGAGUGGGCUGGGCCGGUGUGGUGGUGCGAGGGAGGGAGGCGGGUGACCUGCUGCAGCAGCAUGCAUGUCGGCACAUACGCACUCCGAUGAGUCUCCUUAAUAACUCUCACCGACUUGCGGCCUGUUUUCUUAACACACACCCAAUGCUUGGUGUAGGUGGAUUUGGGUGUGCAGUCGGGGCUGUGCGUGAGGCAGCGGUUGCGGGAGCGGAGGUCAAGGGGAAACAGCUUAUUGCGGUGAUGGGUGGACGGUGUGCUUGAGUGGGAGUUUUGUGGAGUCGGAAGACGCAUGGUUUGAGUGAAAUGGAACAUGCGGAAUGCGGGGUUUGUGUGCUUGGGCGUGUGUUUUUAAAGCUGUGUGUUUGUGGACUGUUAUGUGAAGCCGUGAAACUGCAAGGGUGGUCGUGCUCCUUCGGCGUUGGCAAGGAGGGAGGGAGUGGAAUCCCGGGGAGGGCCCUUGUCACCGAUGCUAGAGGGGCUGGGAGAAGCUCUGGGGGAGGCGAGUAAUUAGGAAGGCCGCCUGUGUUUGCUCGUCCAAUGUCUUUUGGAUUUCCUCGCAUGAUUUCCGGUUUGACGUUGCUUAUACUCAAUCGUAAAUGGUGCCUUUUUGUCCUAAAACCUCGCGACCUUCUGCCGGUUGCGCGACCCGAAUUCGUUGCGUACCUGUGCUUAUGCUUGUAGGCUGUGCGGCUGUGGCUUAGCAGUAGGGGAGGACAAGCUCGGGUGCUUGGGGAUGGCAUUUGUCACUAGGCACCGAGCGCAUACUGCGGUGACAUUACUAUUAAGACUCGUCCGGCCGGUGUCCGACAUAUUUAGUCCGACAUAGGAUGACAACGGACGCCUGAAGCGGGAUCCGGACGGUCGAUGCAGCCCAUAUUCUUGUGGCUGCUGCGUUUUUGGCAACAACGAGGCGCAUGGGGCAUGGUUUUUGGCGCGCGCGCUGCUUAGUCUCCUGGGUUGCUCCAGCCACGG